AUGUCAGAUGAAAGUACCGAAAUGUCUCAGGAAUCGGAGAUGGGACGCUUCACUAAAACUAAAUCGCAUAAAGGCUCUGCUCAACGUGCUUCCAAAAAGUCGCCCGCCGUAGUCGAAGAUAUGGGUGCAGAUAACGGUGAAGAAUAUAUUGUUGAGAAGAUAUUGGAUAAGAAGAUUGUGAAAGGUGCGGUGUAUUAUUUUAUUAAGUGGAAAGGAUACCCAAUCGAGGAGUGCACAUGGGAGCCGGAAGAGAACUGUGAGUCUUCAAAGGAUCUGAUCCGCGAAUUUGAAGCGCAGUCGAAGAAAAGAGUCAGAAAAAGGUCGCCAACGUCAUCAGAACCGAACAAACGAACCAAGAGAAUACUUUCUGAAUCGAGUGAUGCAUCUGGUAUCGAGAAAAAUGCUGGAGAUAAUGCUGAACCAACGUUGGAUUCACGCGAGGGGGAGAAUCAUGAGGGCGUGGAGGAGAACGCGAUAACGGAUAGUGUUGACAAAGCGGAUUCAGAAGCCACGACAGCAGUAUCAAAGGGCGAGGACAACGUGCCGACGGCCAACGAAGACCACUCGAACGCGGAACCGGUGUCACUCGAAGCAGCAAGAACUCAGGAAAGCGUUGAGCAGAAGUCUCCUGCAACAAUGCCUAAGGCCAAAUGUAAUGAUGUAAUAGAUCUUCAAGACGAUGAAGAUUUAUCUGAUGAAGACCGUAAACUGGGUAUAAUGAAGGGUCAGAAAAUAAACACAAUUAUCGGCCUGUGCAAUCGAGGAUCUAGUGCAGAGUUGAUGGCUUUGGUACGCUAUGUGAGUGGCGAAUGUGAAUUGGUGCCCACUCGUGUGCUUCAUGUAAUGGAUCCGAGGGUUUGUUGCUAUUUCACUUGUUAG